AUGAGGACAGAGGUAGAUGCCUUGAGGAAGGAGAGGGAGGAGUCAAAGAGGAUGCUAGAGGAGGCUCAGAUAGGGACAGCUAUAGUGGGCCUUCAGGAUGUUAUUCAUAGACAGGAUGCCGAGUUAGAGGUAGAUGUGACACAGCUGUGGGGGGAGACAGAUGCAACCCGCCAGAAUGGUACAAAUAUUGCUGUUAAAGUUCUCAAGCUGCAAGAUGAACAUGCUCAGCAAAGUUUCAGUAGAGAAUGCAAUGCAUUGAAGAGAGUUCGACAUCGGAAUGUAAUUAAAAGCAUUUCAGCAUGUUCCAACCUUGAUUUUAAGGCCUUAAUUCUUCCAUUCAUGUCAAAUGGAAGUUUAGAGAAAUGGCUAUACCCUCCUGAAGAGGGUGGAUGCAGAUUAAAUUUGAGUGAUCGAAUAAGGAUAGCAAUGGAGAUAGUACAAGGAAUGGCAUACCUUCACCAUUAUUGCUUUGUUCAAGUGAUUCACUGUGACCUCAAGCCCAACAAUGUUCUAUUAGGAGAUGACAUGACUUCAUACAUAGCAGAUUUUGGCAUUUCCAAUAUUAUUUUUGGAAAUUCCAUGGGUUCUUUGACUUCUACAGAUGCAUUUAAAGGAUCUGUUGGCUACAUUGCACCGGAGUACAGAAUGGGUGGAAAUCUUACUACUAAAGGAGAUGUGUACAGUUAUGGAAUUUUAAUUUUAGAGUUGUUGACAAGGAAAAGACCAACAGGGGAUAUAUUCGAGACAUCAAUGGUAGUGGAAUGCCUUACUCAAUUUAUACAAAUUGGGCUGUUUUGCACAAGGGAGUCACCUCAAGAGCGACCUGAUAUGACUGGGAUAAUUGAUAGAUUAAAUACAAUUAGAGGUGCAUUUCUUGGUACCCCUAAAAAUCCUCAAUUACCAAUAGAUAUCACACCUUUUAUUGAUGCUGAAAGAAAUAUGAAAAUGCCUGAGAGGGAAAAUAGGGGAAGUUCAUCUAUGUCUACAUCCUAA